AGUUCAAAGGAUACCCUCGCACCAGUCGAGGCUUUUAUGACGCAUUUGAUUCAGAAGGGUGCUGACGUGAACAUACUAGACAUGGCUUCCAAAAAUUCACUGGAUUAUUUAUCACACAGGAUGGCUAAAUUACUGGUUGGGGAUCAGAGUCGAGCACAAGACGGGCGCCCUCCCGGAGGUGGCAAGGUUGACCAGACAGCAAAAAGGAAGGUUGGUUCUUCAAGAUCAUCAUCCAUAUUGAACGAAGAGGUCUUGUACCAGUUGUCUGAAGACAUCCCGAAUGAGUCAGUCCUGGCACUAGGUCUUAAAUUAGGAAUCUCUCAAGCAAAGGUCAAAAGGUUUGAAUCCAAAAACCAUAAAGGCUCUGGAGUGACAUCAUCAGGAACUAAUGCCAUGCUUUACUAUUGGUUUAAUAGUACGACAGGUGCAGAGGGGCUACCAACACUCAAAAGAGCACUUAAGAAAUCGGGUUUAGCCAGACUGGCGGAGGAAUAUCUCCAAGAAGGGAAAACCACUUAAAAUUUGUUAAAAUAGG